AAAAUAAUGCUUUUGGCAACUAGUUUCUUAUAUUUUUUCUUGUAUGCAGGCAUCAGUUGAGCAUAAUGCAUGGGAACUGAAGCAAUAUAUUGAGGAGCUCUACUGGGGAUCUGGCAAGCGUGUAAUGCUGCUAGGGCACAGCAAGGGUGGAGUUGAUGCUGCAGCUGCAUUGUCUGUUUACUGGUCUGAUUUGAAAGACAAAGUUGCUGGUUUGGCACUUGUACAGAGUCCCUAUGGUGGCACCCCUCUAGCUUCUGAUAUUCUCCGUGAAGGUCAGAUUGCUGACAAAGAAACCCGGAAGAUCAUGGAGUUCUUGAUAUGCAAGCUAAUUAAGGGUGACAUAAGGGCAUUGGAGGAUCUCACAUAUGAGAAGCGGAAGGAGUUCAUCAUGAAACACAAGCUCCCUGAAAAUAUCCCUUUGGUCUCCUUCCAUUCUGAGGCAAGUAUAGCUCCUAGUGUCCUUGCCACAAUGACUCACAUAGCCCAUGCGGAACUUCCCUGGCUUCCGUUUCCCAACUUUGGCAAUGAGGAGUCUGAUAAUGUUCAAGCAGGACGUCAAGUGCCUGUAGUGAUUCCUUUAUCUGCAGCCAUGGCUGUAUGUGCACUCCACUUGCAGCUCAGGUAUGGGGAGAAGAGUGAUGGUCUAGUGACAUGCCGUGAUGCUGAAGUUCCAGGCUCAGUUGUCGUCAGACCAGACAAGAAGCUUGACCAUGCCUGGAUGGUGUACUCAUCAAGGAAGAAGAAUCCUAGUGAACCUGAUGCUUGUGAAAUGUGUGAGGCUCUUUUGACACUGCUUGUGGAGCUUGGGAAGAUGAAGCAAGAAGCAAGGGAGAAUUCUAAGGACUAAUCCAUAGUUCAAACAGGAUUCUUUGUUAUAUCUUUACAUUUUAAAAAAGAAAAAAGAUAGUAUCAUUACUUGGAUUAACUUAUCAUGUCUUUUUAACAAUUAUUCAGAAACAUUUCAGCAAAAAAGGGAAAAAUUCAAUAGAAAUGAAUGGUGGCAAAAUCUUGCUACUUUGUUGUGGAUCUA